GAGGAGGGCGGGCGACGGCGCAGUGACAGGCAGCGCGGAGGGUGCCUCCGGGGCGACGAUGGCAGAGGGGCCCGAGGAAGCCCGGAGCCGCCCUCCCGGGCAGGACGGCAGUGGCGGGGACCACGAGCCGGUCCCUUCCGGGCCAGGCUCUCCCGCCGCCGCCGCCCCCCAGCCCCCGGCCCUCGCGACCGUCGCUUCGGCCGUCUCCGAGCCGGAGCCGCAGUGCGAGCUCCGGAAGCGCCGGGAGCCGGGCGCAGAGCCUCAGGAGCCGGGGGGCUGCGAGGCGUCGGACGGGCCGGGGCGGCUGAGCGCGCGCGAGUACUCGCGGCAGGUGCACGAAUGGCUCUGGCAGUCCUACUGCGGCUACCUCACCUGGCACAGCGGCCUGGCCGCCCUCCCCGCCUACUGCGGUCCGCCGCCCGCCGCCCCUCAGCCCGCCGCCCCGCCGCCGCCCCCGCCGCCGCCUCCGCCACAGCUCGCGUACUACAACCCCUUCUACUUCCUGAGCGCUGCGGGGCCUGGGCCGGGGGCGGCCACAGGCGGCGCCACCCCGACAGCCGUCGCGGGCCUGACGGCCCGGGCCCCGCACAUGCAGUCAUCCGCCCGGGCGGCCCCUGUGACCAGGGUGGGCUCUGCAGCCCCUGCACGGACGGCGAGCGACACCGGGAGGCAGGCUGGUAGGGAGUAUGUCAUUCCAUCCUUGGCCCAUCGAUUUAUGGCAGAGAUGGUGGAUUUCUUUAUUCUCUUCUUUAUAAAAGCAACCAUUGUCUUGAGUAUCAUGCAUCUCAGUGGAAUAAAGGACAUCUCUAAGUUUGCCAUGCACUAUAUAAUAGAAGAGAUUGAUGAAGACACAUCAAUGGAAGACUUGCAGAAAAUGAUGAUUGUGGCACUUAUAUACAGGUUGUUAGUUUGUUUCUAUGAGAUAAUUUGCAUCUGGGGAGCAGGGGGAGCUACCCCAGGAAAGUUCCUGCUAGGGCUUCGAGUUGUGACCUGUGAUACAUCAGUACUCAUUGCUCCAAGUCGGGUUUUAGUGAUUCCCUCCUCAAAUGUUAGCAUCACAACGUCCACCAUACGGGCUUUGAUCAAGAAUUUUUCUAUUGCUUCUUUUUUCCCUGCUUUCAUCACACUGCUGUUUUUUCAGCACAAUCGAACAGCCUAUGACAUUGUAGCAGGAACCAUUGUGGUAAAAAGAAAUGGGGUCAGAUGAUGCCCCAGAACCCUGAAUUCCACUCUUAGGAAUAAUGACAAGACUAAAUUAUGUAUCAAGGCCAUCAUUAUCUCUGGGUUACAUUGAUGAUUUAAAAAUUAAAGCAGUCACUCUGGUGUGAUGCAGGGGACUGUUCUCAAAGUGUUGACUGUACUUAAAUGUCAAGGAACUUUUCCAGACGGAAAAACUAUUAAAUUUAAGUGUUAAAUAUUUAUAGGACAACAAAGCAAAUAGUUUCAUAAUCAAUAUAGGCAAAUACAUACUUUAACUUUUAAGAUAACCAAAAUUUGCUGGAAGCAUUUUCAACUUUAAAUUAUCUAAAUCAAACUUUAAAAUUUUAAUUUUGGCUUAUCUUAGAGUGAUUGAGAAAUAUCCAAUUGUGUUUUAUAAACACCUACAGAACUCCCACAACUCUUCUUACGGAAGCUGCUUUUUGUGAGCAUUGAGAAAGAGCAUCAACUAACAACCCACUUACUUCAUGACAGGUGUUGGGAGAAAAGGGCUAGUGAGGAAGGCCUAGGAGUCCCCUCACCCACACUUCUGGGAUAUUAUAGAGUUCGCUGCAGUAGUGGCGGGAUAUUCUAGCUUCUUACUGCUUAUGUAUUUGGAGGCAAGAUGAUGAUGAAAAUGUACUGAGUCAUAUCAUUGAUAUUUUAAAAAGGUAAGUUAGUGAUUGCCUUCGAGGGGGUGGGGGGAGGAGGGAUUUUCAUGUAAACUCAGCUUAGAAUUCAUGUGCCCUAAAAUCCAACUAUAAAUAUGCAGGAGGAAUAUCCACCAAACAUUCCCAUAUGUGCGCUCCAGUGUUCUGAAUGUACCUGUAGAUUCUAUUUAUGUAUAGUAAAUUCCUAAGACACUUCUGUAUUCUAUACAGUUCCACAACUGUCAAAACAUCAAGGUGUUAAAAAAUGUAUUUUGUGAAUAACUUAAAUACUAGUAGCCUGUGAAGUAUUAGCAGUUUUCCUAUUAUGAAUUGUUCUCUCUAAAGCAAGGCAGCAUACCAUCUUCAGACUUGAUUCUAGCUUCUUUAAGCUCAUUUUAGCCUGUUAAGAGAUGAAAUUUGGAGGGGGGGUUAAGGCAAAAACUUCGUCUAUUGUCAUUGUACUUUGCUUUGUUGAUGAAACAUUGGGUUUAUGUCUGUGUGCUUUUGUCGCUAACUGUACCAAAAUGUUAGUUUUCUUUACUUCUUACUCAUACAGGAUUUUCUCAAGAAACACUAAAUUGUAUUGCACAAGAGAGCAGUCUUUGUUCCUGUGUUUUAAAUAGCAAGAGCAAGCCAUGUGGUGUUGUCAUUACUGUAUCAACCUUCAGCAAGCUAUUCUUUGACAUUUAAAACUGUGAAAAUGCAUUUAAUGUCUACAGAUACUUUAAGAAUCCCCUAAGAGCUCAUUGUUCAUCAACCAUGGUUUCUCAAAAUAAUUUUAUUUAAAAUACAACUUCACAAAAAGCCUAUUAUUUGUCAAGAGCAGUACAUAGAGCAUGGGCUUGUGGCUCUGGCAAGAUUUUUAAAGCUCUUCAAACUCUUUAGACUACAAAUUGAGAAGCUGGUGUGCUUCACCCACGCAGCUCUGGAGUAUUUGUUUCUACUCUGAUUUUCACUGAGGAUAUUUUUAUUUAUACAGUAAAAUAAACAAGUAGUUAAAAUUUGUUAUAAAUACCAGUUUGCUAGACAAGUUCUUUAGAUCCAGCUGUGGAUUCAAGUUGUGCCAUAUAGGAUGUAAGAUAAAAGUAUUGCUUUGCCUCUGCAAUAGAACCUCAAUCUGUUAUAAGGAGAAAAGGGAAUCUGGCACAUUUUUUCCAGCCUCCUUCAUAGAACACAAGUACUAAUGAAUACUAAUUUCCUGUGUCAAAGUGUAAUUCUCAUGCUGAAGCUGUAACCUGUUCAGAAAUGAAGACAUUCUUUAAUGAGCAUGCCCUACGUUGGAGCCGUAGGACUGGGGUCUUGUUGCUGCAUAGCCAUUCAGUCUAAACAACAGAAAUGAGAAAUCUCAGUAUUCAUCACUGAGAAUGUUCUAGGGUGGCUAGAUCUUGGAAGUAGGAUAUUCUAUACUCUAGGUAACAGCAUGAUGACAUAAACACAUGCCACUUACUUGACAGUGUUCAUUGCUUGAUUCUGCCUACAAAGCAUUAACCUAGUUGCCCAUGCCUCAAAAAUGAGUCUUCAAGCUUUUAAAAAGAACAUGUUCACAUCAGUGAUUCAUUUACACACCUGUUUCUGGCAAAGGAAAGGAGUUGAAAUUUUGCAUUUGCAACUUGGGCUUCUAAAGGAAGAUGGGGCAUUACACUUCCUCAUUAUCUCUUUAAAGACGAUGCCUAGAUUAACAGUAUUUCUAAACUCUGACAAGUACUGGUUCAGCUCCUUUGCCAACCUCCAUCCGCAUAACCAAAGACCAAAGUCCUUACUCGUGCCUGGGUGAAGUUCCUCAUUUUGGCUGGUAUGUGUAGAUUUCCUUGUAGUUCACUAUAGUAGGGCUUGUCCUGCAAACAGUAUCUACUAACCUACUUAUAAGUAAAACAGCAUUCUAUUUUUAAUAUUUCAUGUCACCAGUUUGUAUUUUGUGUCUCAAUAAAUAUGUCAAUGUCAA